GGGAUCCCUCCUUGGCGCCUACAGCUGGGAAUGGUGAGCUCUUUGCAGGCCUCCUCUGCCUUUUCUGCUGAUCAGCUCCAGUCCUUACCACUUCCCUCAGGAAGAGACAAGGUUUCUAGAUCUCCUCCCCACUUCCCACCCCAGGACAGGGGGCCCAAGGACAGUGAGCUGUGGGCCUCUGUCCUCCUGCCUCUGAAAUGCUGUUGAGUAGCUGGCUGUGUGGGUAAGUGGAACUCUGAGGGUAGCAGGAAAACACAGCCCAGGCCCUCACUCUCCUGUGGGACUGUGGGAAGUGCCCUGACUUUCUGGGCCCAGUUUUCUGUAAGGGAGGAUAUUGAUUCGUCCCUUCCUGUGAGGAGGGAAUGAAUGGUGUGGACAGCACAAAGCUGUGUCGUGUGCCCCUGGUUACUAGGCUCCAAACUGGGGGUUCUGCUUCCAUGGCUGCCCUUCCGUCUUCACUGCUAUCAUGUCCCUUUGGUUUUUCCUUUGAAAUAUCUAACCUUGUUUUAAUCCUCUGUAAUAGCUCCAGGUGAAGAGAUGUUGCCUCAUGCCACCUACCAGAUUCCUUUCCUCAAACAGCCCUUUCAUUAAGUCAUUCCACUAUUCAGAAACCAUCAAUGGCUCCUUAUUUCUCACCUUACCAUGCCCGUACUCUCCUGCAUGCCCGUACUCUCCUGCAUGUCUUUUCAGGCCUAAUUAAAUAACCUGCACCUGACCUCUCCAAAGCUUUGAUUCCUCUCCAGUCAGGUUGAUCUGCUCACCACAUACGGGCGUGCCAGCCUCAUCCCUGCUGCAGUGCCUUCACCUGUUUAUUCUCCUCCACACGGGGCCCAUCCGGACCUGGAGUGUGCAGUUCCCUCCCCUCCUGCCAUCCUUCCCCCGCCAUCCCCCAUGCAGGAGUCAGCCCCCUUUUAAGACCUGGCCUGAUCUUGUCAGCCUUAUUCAUCCCCUCCUCCUCUGAAUCUAUGUCUUACAGUUUAACAGCUAAUCACUGAGUUUUAUUAAUUUGCUAUUUUGUUUGCAUUAGUUGUUUCCCUGAGUGUCUUAUACAUCCCCUACAAGUUUAGUCUAGAAGUUCUCUUUUGGCAUCUCCUACAGCAUCUAGCACAUCACUGAGCACCAGGUCAAUUCAAUCAAAGAAUAGUAAUUGAUGAAGUGUUUCCCUCCUAAGAUCAUGCACCUGCUGCCUGCGUGCCCUGUAUUUGGAGCCUCUUGGGAGACUGAUUGUAUAGAUCAGAUUGAUAAACAGAAGACCUGGUCUUCGUUUGCGGGAUGCUUACAGUCUAGAUGCGGGAUCUGUAGAGCCAUCGUUGCAGGCUGAGGAUGUCACCUUCCUCUACCACCCCUGUGCCCACCCCUGGCUGAAGCUCCAGCUUGCCCUCCUGGCUCACGUUUGUGUGGCCAAGCCCUCGCUCACCCCUGACCCCAAGCUCACUCAGGAUCGGCCUCUGGUGCUGACAGCAUGGGGAGUGGCACUGGAGAUGGCAUGGGUAGAGCCAGCCUGGGCUGCCCGCUGGCUCAAGAGGAGGCAGCGGCGGAAGCAGAGGAAGAAAGCAUGGUUCCACUGUGACAGCCUUUUGGGGGCCUCUCCCUUGGUGCCAAACCGGAGCAGAGGGCCGCUGUGCCGGAAAGGGUGUGUGCAGGCCCUGGCUUUGGCCUUUGCUCUGCGGAGCUGGCGACCACCUGGCACAGAGGUGACAUCUAGAGGGCUCAGGCAGCUCUCUCCCAGUGGUGCCAAGAGGCGGGGCCUGCGGGCUGCCCUUGGUCUCCAGCCCACUUACCUAGCCCCUGGGGUCCCCUCUGCUUCCCCCUGGAGCUUGAAGGCCAAGCAGCCCAUGUUGGGAAUCCCGGGUGAGGCGGGUGAUGCCCCAUCCGUGCCCACUGUGCCCCUGCUGCCUGGGGGCCGUGAAGGCAAUGCUAGCUCCAAGACAGAGGCUCAGGUGCCCAACGCGCAAGGCAGCCCAGGGGGCUGUGCCUGUCCGAAUCAGGCCUCCCCGGCCCCUCGCGCAGCAGCGCCUCCACGGCCAGCCCGAGGCCCCACCCCACGCACGGAGGAGGCCGCGUGGGCUGCCAUGGCCCUGACCUUCCUGUUGGUGCUGCUCACCCUGGCCACGCUCUGCACACGGCUGCACCGGAACUUCCGACGAGGGGAGAGUAUCUACUGGGGGCCCACAGGGGACAGCCAGGACACAGUGGCUGCUGUGCUGAAGCGGAGGCUGCCGACGCCCGCGCGUCGGGUCAAGCGCUCCCGCCGGAGACCCCUUCUCCCACCCACGCCAGACAGCGGCCCGGACGGGGAUAGCUCCGAGUGACCUGCCCAGCCCCGCCACGGCGGCCGGGCGCCUCCUCCGGCUGCCAGGCGGUGACCUCUGCCACGUGGACCGCGCGCCGGGGCGCCCCCUGGCGGCAGACAGCGCCUCCUGCCUGAGCGUCGCGAGGCUCCCUUUUCUCCUUCACUAGCUAGUGGGUGGCCAAGGGGAGAAAAGGCUGUUCUGCCUCCCUUGCCAAAACUCCCUGUAUUUCUAAUUAAAUUAUUUUAGUAGA